AUGGCAUCUACUUCUUGUUACAAUGCUUACAUUCCAAGUGAUGCUAUUCCAACUGCACAAACAAAGAUCAAGCUUGCAGAUCGUCUCUUAGUUUCUCCUCUUAUUGUUGGUACUUGGGCAUGGGGAGACAAAAGACUAUGGGGUUGGAACGAAGAACUAGAUGUAAAAGCUAAAGAAGCUUUUGACAUGUCCUUGUCAUUAGGAAUCAAUACUUUCGAUACUGCUGAAAUCUAUGGAUUUGGUGAAAGUGAACGUUGCAUUGCUCGAUAUAAAGCAGAUCACCCAAUUGCUAAUACUGAAGAUAUUGUCAUUGCCACAAAGUUUCUUCCUCUUCCUUACAAAUUGUCUUAUCCAAGUUCAUUGAUCAAUGCACUUCGAGCAAGUCUAGAUAGAUUAAAGGUGAACUGCAUCGAUCUCUAUCAAAUUCAUGGUCCCAUUCAUCUUCGUUCUAUUGAAGUUAUUGGUAAUGCAUUAGCUGAAGUAGUCAAACUUGGUCUUACUAAGACGGUAGGUGUUUCCAACUAUUCUACAACUCAGACAAUCAAAAUGUAUGAUUGCUUACAAAAACAUGGUAUUCAACUUGCAUCGAAUCAAGUCGAAUUUUCACUUCUUCGACGUUCACCAGAAACAUCAGGACUUAUUACAGAAUGCCAUAAACGAGAUAUUGCUGUUCUGGGAUAUUCUCCACUUGCAAUGGGUCGUUUGACUGGUAAAUAUUCGAAAGCUAAUCCGCUUCCUGUUAAUCGUGACUUCUCCAAUAUCAAUAUGGAUGAAUUAGAGCCGUUAUUAGAAUCAAUGCGCUGUAUUGCAGAUAAACACAAUGUUAGUGUCUCUUCUGUUGCUUUGAAUUACGUUAUUUGCAAAGGUAUUAUAUAA